GAGGUUGUGUCGCUCUGAGAUGCAUAUGUUCGUGUUUUUAAUAAAUAAUUAAUGCAUUUGUAAAUAUUUUGAAAAAAUAUACGAAUAAAAAUGAUUGGAAGUGAUUAUACUUUGGAAUUGUGUAAUGUGUUUCAUUCGGGACAGGUGGAGCCUGGCAGUUUUUUUCAGCGACUGACUGGCGGUGUGAAGACAGGGGUCAUCCUGAAAGAUGUCUCUUUCACGACACACAGUGGCGAGGUCACUGCCAUAUUGGGAUCAAAAGGCAGUGGUAAAAGAGCCCUCCUGGACGUGAUAGCUCGUCGCGUGCCCUCGAAAGGCCACAUCUUGCUGGAGGGAGUGCCAUUGGAGGCUGACCACUUCAACAGCACCUGUGCUCUGGUGCGACACAACACACGACUUCUGCCAGGGUUGAGCGUGCAGCAAACGCUGAGCCUCUCACUUACAAAGGUUUCAGGAUACUUGAAAUCAUCAAAAGUGAAACAAGUUAUGGCUGAUCUAGCAUUGUCUAAUGUUGCUAACAAAUGCGUGACGAAUCUCACAAAGAGUGAAUACAGGAGAUUAGUUAUCGGUGUACAAUUAAUCAGGGAUCCAAUCAUUUUACUGCUGGACGAACCGACCUGGGACCUGGAUCCCCUGAACACAUACCUGGUGAUAUCAAUACUCUCUAAUGCUGCGAAAAAGUACGGUACCGACAUCAUACUCACAAUGGAGAAGCCUAGAUCAGAUGUCUUCCCAUUUCUGGAUCGCGUCGUGUACCUCUGUCUCGGAGACGUGGUAUACGCUGGGCCCACGAGAAACCUCCUGGACUACUUCGGAAGUAUCGGCUUUCCAUGCCCACAGCUGGAGAACCCUUUAAUGUAUUAUUUAUGCCUAUCUACGGUGGACCGAAGAUCACGAGAAAGGUUUAUAGAAUCUAACCACCAGAUAGCAGCACUAGUGGAGAAAUUCAAGCUGGAAGGUCAGGGCAUAAUGCAGGGCAAUCUGCACGAGAACAACCGCAUUGUGAACCCUAACAAGAUACAAAUGAACUAUGGAAAACCAGGAGGCCUACACGUUAUAUGGAUGUUGUAUUUGAGGCUACUAGUGUCCAUAUUUAACCUGAAAAAGAACGGUAUGAAGCAAAUGUUCAUGAGACUAUUCAGUCUGCCGUUAUAUUUCUUCGUUAUGUGGAUAUUCUACAAUGAAGCCAAGGAUUAUCAGAGAGCUUUCAUCACAAAGAGUGGUCUGAUCUUCAACGCAAUGGUGGGGACCUACUUCAUCAGUAUUAUGAACACGAUUUGUCUAUAUAGUCCAUAUCGUACACGUUACUACCAGGAAUCCCAAGAAGGUCUCUACAGCGGCGCCAGCUUACUCCUAUCAUGGAACCUCGUCUCACUGCCAUUCUCUUUCCUCAGCACUCUAGCUUCUGCUGCUGUUAUUUAUCCGAUCCUAUCGGACUUAUCAGAGAACAUGGACUUCUUGUACUUCGCGCUUGCGCUGUGGUCGUGCUACGUGUACGCGGAACAGCAAGCUAUAGCCAUCAUGAUGUUCGUGAAGAACGGCCUCGUAGCCGGCAUCGUCAACAUAUACAUCUCCUGCAUCUACAUCAUGCUUGCUAGUGGAGUUCUGAGAUCAUACAAAGGCUUCGAAGAAUGGCUAUACUACUUGACAUACAUCACUCACACGCGGUACGCGUCUAUCUUCAUGCACCGCAACGUCUUCAAGCAGCCGACGUUCAACAUACUCCCAUACAGCGACCAGGAAAAUUGCACGUCAACUAUAUCUAGUCUUCUACAAACUUCUGCUAGUAGCAAUACUAACUCUAAUGCGAAUUGCCGGUAUGCCAGCGGCAAAGCUUUCCUCACUGAACGCUUCACUUCCAAGAAUUUCAAUGGGGAUCUCUACUCAGCUGGCGAUUUCAACCCCGAAUUCAACUUAGGUGUUUCUUUUGCCUUCUCCCUCGGUAUAAUGGUGUUCAACAAGUUCUUGUACCUAAUGCCUCUGCCGAGCUACAUAACUGAUAAGUUUAGAGAAUAAGUUUAAAAAGAAUGUUAUUGGUGAUUAUAUCUAUAGAAUCUGAUGUCCGUCCA